AUGGCUGGCCCAACGCGUCUCACAGUCCUAAUCUCCGGCAGCGGCACCAACCUCCAAGCUGUCAUCGACAGCAUCGCAGCACACCAAUUACCCGCGACCGUCAUUCGAGUGAUAUCCAACAAGAAGAACGCAUUCGGCCUCGAACGUGCCCAGCGCGCGGGGAUCCCGACCCAUUACCACAACCUCCUAAAGUACAAAAACGCCCAUCCACCGACGGACGAGGGCGUCAAGAAGGCUCGGGAAGAGUACGAUGCGGAACUGGCGCGGCUGGUGCUGGCCGAUGGACCGGAGAUAGUGGCGUGCUUGGGCUUCCUGCAUAUCUUGUCGAACACAUUUUUGGAUCCGCUGGAGAAGGCCAAGGUGGAUAUUAUCAAUCUACAUCCUGCGCUGCCGGGGCAGUUCAAUGGGGCUCAUGCUAUUGAGCGGGCACAGGCAGCUUGGUUAGAAGGGAAGAUUGAUAAAACCGGUGUGAUGAUCCACAGGGUUAUAGCGGAAGUGGAUAUGGGGAAGCCACUGUUGGUGAGAGAGAUACCGUUUAUCAAAGGCGUCGAUGAAGACCUCGCAGCACUCCAAAAGAGAAUACAUGAGAUUGAAUGGAAAGUGGUCGUAGAAGGGAUUGAAAUCGCAAUAAAUGAGCGGCACGCGAAGGGACAAGCUAUCAGCGCCUCGUAG